AUGAAGUUUGGCAAUAAUUUACAACAUUUGUCAAUACCCGAAUGGAAAAGCUACAAUAUCGACUACAAUGACUUGAAAUACAGGAUUAAGCAAAUAACAAAACAGGACUCGCGAGAUUUGGAUGAACUCCGGCUGGCGUUUAUCGAGAAUUUCGAAUUUAUCAAUUUGUUUAUUGCAACUAAACAUGGCGAAUUGACACGAAAAUUCAAAAACCUUGAAUAUGUGUUUAAUAGACUACGAGACGACGAAGACGAAAAUGGAAAUGCAAGUGGAAAUGAUGCUUGUUGCGAUGACAUGAAUUGCUUCCUCAUUGAAAUUGACGAAUUAUUCUUUCAAGCAAUCGAACUAUCCAUUGCCCUUAAAGAUUUGUCGAAAUUCAUCUUGAUUCAGAAAAUCGCCUUGAAAAAAAUCUUUAAAAAGUUUCUAAAAUACUAUAAACACAAGAAGCAAGGCUGCAAAUUCGUGUCCGAGCUAAAGAACCUCUUGUUUCAAGAUUCAAAAGCAUUCAUCAAUUUCGAUUUAACCAAAUUAACACUCCAAUUGACAAACUUCAUCAAUUUGGUCAAAUACGAGCGAAAUAUGCUCGAAAGUUUUUACACAAACACUUUACAUCGCAAAAACUCGUUAUUUAGUAUAGCCUCGACGACGAAUUCCUCCAAUGAUUAUCAAAAUUCCAUCUUGCCCAAAAAUAACAAUGAUAGCAGACAAUCAACAAAUAUCCAGCAAGUUCCUUCAACAAGUGAAUCGUAUUUCGAUUUGGUGAUCCUACUAAAGAAAAAUUUCAAGUGCGACUGCCUCAUACCGCUCGACCUAACCAAUGAUAUUCUCCUCAAUUUCAAUGUCUAUCUUGGCUUGAAAAACGUGGGGGACGACUUUAUGUCCGCUAUCUACCUCAAUCAAGAUUUGUUAAAAGAACCUGCCAUCAUCAUAUCAAGCAAUCUAAACGAUUUCUCGCUAAUCGUGGCUCCAAUUGGAGGUUUACGGAAAUAUUCAUAUUGCAUACUACCGAACCCCAUUGUAGAGAUUUUUCUCAACCAUUUGCAAAAGAGAAACCAAGAAGAGAUUAAAUUGCAAUUGUUUGAAUAUUUCCAAACAGCAACCGCGUUAACUAAAAAGACCAUUAAUUUCAUCUUGGCAAACGACUAUUUACCGAAAUCAAAAGUUUUUUUCAAAAGAUCAAGGUUCAAGAUUGAAGGAAAUGGCGACGAUGACGGUGAUGUUGUUGUUGCCGCCGAUCAGGAACUGGGAGGACUCGGAGUGGAAAAUCCAACAUCAGAGCAGGGCUUUUAUCUCAGUUUUGAAAGUGACAUAUCAACCACUGAUAAGCCCCAAUAUAUUAAUACAGUUGCAUUUCCACAAACCCGUGAUCAAAUGGACCCGUUCCCUCAUAACCACAUGGGUGUCUACUCCAACGAUUUAAACCUUUCUGAAUUUGAAAGCUCUUUGACGACAAAAGUCGAUUUGAAAACCGGGGUUGUAGAAAAUAAAUAUUCAUCGACUAUACUACGACGAUUACCCAAAAAGUUACAGACUAUCCUCAACCACAACUGUGUCUCGCUUUAUAAAGGCUUUGACUUCUACCAGUACCAGAUUUCUUGCUACUACAACAUUGUCCCCAACGGCGACUUUAUCAAUAACCAUUACACAAACUUGUUAAAUUUGAAUUUGCUAAAGAAGUUUGAAAAUGUUGAAUCUUCAUGCCAGCAGACCAACGAGGAAGACUCCAUUAUUAGACAAAAAUCAACAGAUAUCAUGAAGCACAAGGUGUCGAUCCAGUCGUUGCAACAGGCCCACGCGGAACACGACCAGCACAACUCGCGUGGCUCCAGCAUCUUUGAAGAGCCGCAUGAGCAGGAAACACUUAGCAUCUCGCCCGAUCCCCUUGACGAUCAUCACCAUAUGAACAAGCUCGUGUCGUCGGUGCUCAAUUUCAAAAACAGGCUAUUCCGCGGAACAGUGGAGGAAAAAACACCCAAGAUUAGUUAUGAAAAUCCAUUUUAUCAUGAAGAAGAUGAGUUGGAGUUGGACCCUUACACCAAGUUGAUCUCAGUCUACCAAAAUGAUAACUACAACACUUCGGGAUAUGACUCUAUCAACGAGGAGCCGAUUUCCUAUUUGCACAGAAACGACUAUCAAAUGAAGUACCAGAUGGACUAUGACUCGACGCUAUCCUACAUUUACUUUGCCAUGACCAUCAUCUCCUUGUUUCUCUCUGGCAUUCAAUUGGGCAUAAUAUAUUCCAUCUUCAACACUUCGUUAUCAGGCGGUUCAAACUCGCAGUUUUUGAUCAGAGACAAUUUGGGAAUCUUGAUUGUUUUGGUCCUUGCUAUGAUUGUCAGUUUACUAUUUAAUCUUAUUGCGAUUAAUUUGUUGUUUCACCGCUUUGAUGUGGCACCCAGUUUCCACUGUUCAAUCGUGUGGGGAGGAUUUUUGUUUACUUGUUUAGGAUGCCUCUGGAGCUGUGCUUUGUUAGUUGGCAAUUUCUAG